AUGACACAGUGUAUUCCAAUAAGAGCUUUAGAUGUAGUGGAAACAUUUUGGGAAACUUUCUACGAACUAGGAAAUGUAAUUAUAAUGAAUCCAAUAAUAAUUCGUUCUUCAUUUCCAAUUAAAAAAGAAAUUUUGAAAGAAGCAGCUACGAAGAUGGCAUAUAGGCAUCAAUCUUUGAGGGUUAGGAUUAAGUCCAAAGUAGAAAAUGAUGAGGGAAGAGAUACAAUAAAGAGGUACUUUGUAGAUCUAGUAGAUGAUUUCGAAGUAGUUAUAGAAGAAGAUCCUGAAACUACAGCUACAACAGAACUAUAUCUUGACUCCUUAGAUGAGAAACCUAUCUGGGAAAAUUUAUUAUUAAAGGAGCAAAAUGAAUUGUUCAGUAAACAAUCUCCAUUAUGGCGUAUUAGGUUUAAACGUUUGGGAAGUGUCAAUAAUCAAUAUCGUGCAUGUCUAGUUGCAAGUUUCCAUCAUGCAAUAAUGGAUGGAUUAAGCCGUCAACACUUUUGGACAGAGCUUUUAGGAUUAUGCACAUUAAUAAAUGAAUUCCCAGAUACUCCAAUUCCUCAAGAAAAACCAACAAAAAUGCCAAAUAGUGUUUGCAAAUCUUUUCCAUCAUCUUUAAAAGUAAGAAUUUUAAAACCAUUUUAUUCAUGGAGAGCUACUGCAACUCAGGGAGUUUGCUUAUAUAGAAAUCUUGUUGCUCCAUUUGAAAAUCCUUCAUGCCUCGAGAUUUCGAGGGAUUUGUAUGCCGAUAAAGAAAAGUCUCCUAGGACAUGUAUAUUACCAAUCAAAAUAUCAUCGGAGGUAUUCUCAAAGUUACGAAGUAUUUGUAAAAGUAAAAAGAUGCAAGUAAACGGUGCUAUUGAAGCUGUUGCAGCACUAGGAUUAAUGGCUCUAAUAUAUGAGCUAAGAAGUAAAAAGACCUUAAUUUCAGAAGAUACCACAGAAAUUUUAGUUUCACAAGAUGAAAGAAAUUUAAUUGGAGGAAGUGAUAGAGAGAAUAUUACAUGUGUGACGGGAUGUAGGCCAAUUGAACUAUCAUCAACAGAUUGUUUUUUAAAUACUGAGGGGUGUAGUGCAGUUAUUCCAAUACGUACAAUGGUUGCAAUAAACUGCCGUCGUUGGGUAAAUAAAGAUGAUACCUCAGAAGUUUCUGAAACAAGUAAAAGUAUUGAAGAUAUGCUAAUAAGGAUUUUUGAAUCAGCACUAAAUAAUUCGAUAAAUGAGACAACUACAGCAACUGCAAGUGAGAAAAAUUUUGAUAGUGGUACUAGAUAUUCUGAUACACAUGAAUCUACAACAAGUCAAUCUUCAUCACUAGAUGAAAAUAGUUCAUCUUUUGAAAAUUGCGAAGUUAGUGAAAAGGUAUCUAAUUCUGAGAUUAUAAUCCCUAAUAAACAACAAAAAGAACAUAUUGCUAAUUCUCCAAGACUAGUCUUACCCAAGCUAAAACAUUCAUUUUCAUUUGAUAAAUCAAGCCCAUCUUGGCUAAAAAAGGCUGUCUCGAAAGUUAUUAGUCCAAGAAAUAGUAGGAAAAUAAAGUGUAUGCCAUCUGUUGCGCUUGGAUCAUAUGCAGUUUUGAUGGGUUUAGAUAUGAAAGUUCAAAAGAGUUGCUUGAAUGAUGUAAAUAAAAUUUGGGAACUUGGUAAAAAUACUACUAGGAAAAUUCAUUCAAUUGUAGAUUCUAAGGACCCAUCCACUGUUACUUUUAAAUGGCAUGUUAUAAGUGGUUUUGUACAUGACUUAGCGAAUUCUCCAACCAGAGCAAACAAGGUAGAACUUCUAAUGCAAUUGGGGAAUCCUACAGCUAGACCAUCAUCAUUUUUGGUCAGUAAUGGUGGUAUAUGGGACUCAAAGCCACUAGAACAGCUUAUUGAGAGAAUUAAUAAUAGCAAAAGUGGUGAGAAGACAUUUAUUGAGGUUGAAUCUUCCUAUAGUUGUGUUUCACAGCAUAAUGCUGGGUUAAAUAUGUUUGCCCAUAAUUUAGUGACAGUUAACGGUGAUUUAUGUUGGAGUCUACAAUAUCAUACAAACAUAACAAAAAGGGAGGUAGCUCAGAUAUAUGCAAAGUAUAUACAAAAGUACAUACAUUUAUUAGUCAACUCUUAG